UAUAAUAUACUUACAGAGCAAUAAAUAAAAUGAUUAUUUAUACAUCAAUUGGACCGCGGAAUAUUUAAAGUGUCAGAAAAGAUACGCAAAAUACCUCAUAAAUACAAAUAUAAAAAUACAUUGGACACGGAAUUUCAACACGAACACGGAAGAUGUAUGACAUUACAUCUCAUUCACAUUUCAAGCCACACAAUACAAGAGGCCAUAGUAAAUUACAUUUCAAAUAUUAUUGACCUCUGUCCCAACUUGUUAAUUAUUGCGUAUUUACUUUACUAUUAGCUGCUACAAACUAUUUCAUUAAAGGCAUUACAGAGCUAAUUGUGAUAACGCAAACUUGUGCCCGUGUGAUGUUAAAUCGUGAUCAAGUGGCAAUUAAGACAUCACGUACAGGCGCGACAUAAAAGUACCUCGACACCAGCCCGACAAACAUUAAGGAGCGUUUGAACGGCAUCGGUGUUUACUAUAAACAAAUAUUUUGCGAGGACUAGCUGGAUCCGUGUUUGGUUUAGUUUUUCCUAGUAAAAGUCAUCGGCUAUUUGCGUUAAUGAUCUAAAAUCAGUCAUCGUUCAUUAUCCAUUGGCCGUGGAGGUGCCUUGUCGCGUAUCGUGUAAACUAUCACCGUAGUUAUGAGCGGAGGCGCGAUUGUAUCGUGAAUUCGGACGUCACCGGUCAGUGUUGAGAACCCAAUAUGGCUUCCGAGAAAGAGAAGAUGGCAGCGCCUGAGACCAAAUCCCCCUCCAACAAGAGCAACUGCACGUCGCCCGGAAAAAAAGGUGACACAGACGACCAUGGCCUGCCUGCGGAGAAAAACAAGGGUUGCGAUACCAACCUUUAUCUCUACCAUGAGGAAAUCGAGGACAGGCCCCGAGCGGCCACAUUCCUCAGUUCUCUGGCAGACUAUUCGAAUACCAUACCUACGGCAUCGACAGCCGACCCCGACGCUCCCAAGCCCGCGCCCCCUGCGCGCAUGGGCACUCUCAUCGGCGUGUACCUGCCCUGCAUCCAGAACAUCUUCGGCGUGAUCUUGUUCAUACGUCUGACCUGGGUCGUUGGCACCGCAGGCGCUAUAUGUGGCUUUCUCAUCGUUCUUACGUGUUGUUGUACGACUAUGCUCACCGCAAUAUCUAUGUCUGCUAUCGCAACGAACGGCGUGGUGCCGGCGGGCGGGUCGUAUUUCAUGAUCGGUCGCUCGCUGGGCCCGGAGUGCGGCGGCGCGGUUGGCAUGCUCUUCUACACGGGCACCACCCUGGCCGCCGCUAUGUACAUCGUCGGCGCUGUUGAAAUUGUUCUGACGUACAUGGCUCCGUGGAUAUCGAUCUUCGGCGACUUCACCAAGGACCCUGAGGCAAUGUACAACAACUUCCGCGUGUACGGCACCGGUCUACUCCUCAUCAUGGGCAUGGUGGUGUUCGUGGGCGUUAAGUUCGUCAACAAGUUCGCCACUAUCGCCCUCGCCUGCGUCAUACUGUCCAUCUCUGCGGUGUACGCUGGCAUCUUCGUCAACUUUAACGGCAAUGAUAAGUUACAGAUGUGCGUGCUGGGUAAGCGUCUACUCAAGGAUAUUCCAAUUGCCAAUUGCUCGAAGGAAGUUGGUGGAGAACUAUACCAGCAAUUUUGCCCCAACAAUACUUGCGAUCCGUAUUUCGCCAGCCACAACAUAAGCAUUGUUCAGGGUAUCAAGGGACUGGCCAGUGGAGUUUUCUUCGACAAUUUGCAAGACUCGUUCCUUCAAGUGGGACAGUACAUCGCGUACGGCAAGGAACCCGACGAUAUCGAGCAAAUGGAGCGACCCACUUACAACCAGAUCUACGCCGACAUCACAACCACUUUUACCAUUCUUAUUGGGAUCUUCUUCCCAUCUGUAACAGGUAUAAUGGCUGGUUCCAAUCGAUCCGGCGACCUUGCGGACGCGCAGAAGAGCAUCCCCAUCGGCACUAUCUGCGCCAUUCUCACCACCUCCACCGUGUACUUGUCUUGCGUCUUACUCUUCGCUGGCACCGUCGACAACUUGCUACUUCGUGACAAAUUCGGUCAGUCGAUAGGAGGUAAGCUGGUAGUGGCGAACAUGGCGUGGCCCAACCAGUGGGUGAUCCUGAUAGGUUCCUUCUUGUCGACUCUUGGUGCCGGCUUACAAUCUCUCACCGGAGCGCCUCGUCUGCUACAAGCUAUCGCUAAGGAUGAGAUCAUACCAUUCCUCGCUCCCUUCGCGGUUUCUUCUAGCAGAGGUGAACCAACUAGGGCCUUGCUUCUCACGAUGGCUAUCUGCCAGUGCGGCAUCCUGCUUGGCAACGUCGACAUCCUGGCGCCGCUGCUUUCCAUGUUUUUCCUGAUGUGCUAUGGGUUCGUGAACCUGGCCUGCGCUCUCCAGACCCUGCUCAAGACUCCUAACUGGCGCCCUCGCUUCAAGUACUACCACUGGUCUUUAUCGCUCGCUGGCCUUACGCUGUGUAUCUCCAUCAUGUUCAUGACGUCCUGGUUCUAUGCCCUGAUCGCCAUGGGAAUGGCUGGCCUCAUCUACAAAUACAUCGAAUACCGAGGUGCGGAGAAGGAAUGGGGUGACGGUCUGCGCGGUCUGGCGCUGUCGGCGGCGCGCUACUCACUGCUACGUCUCGAGGAAGGUCCGCCGCACACCAAGAACUGGCGGCCACAGGUGCUCGUGCUCGCCAAACUCAACGACGACCUCAUGCCUACCUACCGCAAGAUGCUCGCCUUCGCCAGCCAGCUUAAAGCCGGCAAGGGUCUUACCGUAUGCGUGUCGGUGCUGGGUGGUGAGUUCCCGCGGCGUGCGGGCGAGGCUGGCGCAGCGCGGCUGAACCUACGCCGUUGCAUGGACGACGAGAAGCUCAAGGGCUUCGUCGACGUACUCGUCGCGCCCAGCAUCCCCGACGGACUCAGCCAUCUGGUGCAAACGACUGGUCUGGGAGGCCUAAAGCCGAACACGGUGAUCGUGGGUUGGCCGUAUACGUGGCGGCACUCUGAGGAGGCUCUGGAGCCGCGCUGGCGCGGGUUCCUUCACACCGUGCGCGCCGUCACAGCUGCACGCAUGGCAAUGCUCGUGCCUAAAGGAAUCAACUUCUUCCCAGACUCUACUGAGAAGGUAUCAGGCAACAUCGACAUCUGGUGGAUCGUGCAUGAUGGUGGCAUGCUGAUGCUGCUGCCAUUCCUGCUGCGACAGCACCGCACCUGGAAGAACUGCAAGAUGCGCAUCUUCACCGUCGCGCAAAUGGAGGACAACUCCAUCCAGAUGAAGAAGGAUCUCAAGAUGUUCCUCUACCAGCUGCGUAUUGAGGCCGAGGUGGAGGUUGUUGAAAUGACUGACAGCGAUAUAUCCGCAUACACGUACGAACGCACCCUGAUGAUGGAACAACGCAACCAAAUGCUCCGCGAACUGAGACUCAACAAGAAGGAAACCUUGGGAAUGAUGCAAAAUUUCGUGGACUAUCGCGAAAACGCUGAGGAGAAGUUGCCUCUGGUGCAAGCUAUAGUGGACCACCACCACGCGGACGUAAAGACGGCCAGCAAGGUCCGUUUCGCAGAGCCGGGGCAGGCGGCGGAGGGCGAGGCUGAGCCACCCUCGCCGCCGCUCACCGACCACGACGACAAGGACACCGACGACAAGUGCGAGGGAGCCAACUCACCGCCCGCCGACAACCACAAGGACGCCAACCUCAACGGGGACGCUCUCAAGAUGAAGCCCAACAUGUCCGACAUCACACCGGACGAAGGCACAGUGCGGAGGAUGCACACGGCGGUGAAACUGAACGAGGUGAUCGUGGCGCGGUCACACGACGCACAACUAGUCAUACUCAACCUGCCCGGCCCGCCCAGAGACACCACUUUCGAGAGAGAAUCCAACUACAUGGAGUUCCUGGAGGUGCUGACGGAGGGGCUGGAGAAGGUGCUGAUGGUGCGCGGCGGCGGGCGCGAGGUGAUCACCAUCUACUCGUGAACGCGCUGCCAGCGACGCGCCGCCCACCUCUUUGUGAUUCUCUCCUAACUGUUAGUGCUAUGUUUUGGACUUUUGAUUGGUCGCAGUUCGCGUCUCGUUCAUCGUUUUUUGAUGUGAUCGCGUGAUCGAUCCGGGCCGUCGGCCGAUCGACUCGCUUCUGUGACGGAUGUUUUGUUGAAUUUGCCGUUUAGCGUGAAGUUGUUUUGAAUUUAUUCACUGUUGUGUAGAUGAAUACGUACGUGUGGAUCCGACGACGAGCCUUAAACUUUCUGUCGUUAGCUAUAAGUUCUUUUCGUUAUUUAGUGAAUUAGCUCAGUGUUGAGUUGAAUAUCUUCGAGGUCUCUCGAUUACCGUAUGCCAUAUCGUUUUAAUUUUUAGUUAGUAGUACAUAUAUUAUAUACGUAUAGUUUUGGUUUUGUGAUUUUUUUUUUAUUUUAUAUUUUAAUGUUUUUUUAUUAAUGUUGAAAUGAAGUAGAUACUUUAUAUGCGUAUACAUUGGUGACUAUCAUGAAGAUUUUUUAACUAUAUAAAAUGUAUUUUGUAAAUAAUUAUUCUGUUCUAAGGUUUUUACAUCUGCUCAACUUAAAACUUAUCGUGGGACUGAAACGGGAUGAAUUUAUGUGCCCGGGUGUACUUUUUGAAUUCACAUUGACACACGACGUAGAAACAAGAAAUUCUUUCAUUCAAAUGAAGAAUUUAUUCAAGUCUAGUCAUUUAUUGAUGUUAUUUAUCCUGAAACAGACUUAACGAUACCAAAAACAAUUUACAUACACUUAGCGAAGUUUACUUUAGUAGCUCCAACCCACAUAAGAUCUCCUCGGGUUUUAUGAUGAGUAGAUAGAUUUAUUCUUCACUUACUACUUCGCUUUUUCUAAGUAAAGGCGUAUAGGAACCUAAAACUCUAAAUCAAAAUACUAAUUAUUUAGUGAAUUAUUAAGAACGAUUCAGCGAAUUAUGGAAUAUAUUCCAUAUUUUGUUUUUUAGUGUUAUAUUCCCCAUCAUUAUUAACUUAGUAAGUUGGGAACUUGUGCGCACAUUCGCGUAGUUAGAUGAUUUCUUACUGUGAUCAUUGUUAUAAUGUUUUUUCCGGACGUACCUAACUGUUGACUAAGUACAAAGCAGACGACGGAGUUUUAAAAUUGGUAAACGCAUACGAAAAUUGUUUAGUCAUAUGAACUCUCAAAACCAUUACUAUAAUAGUUUUGCACCGUCAUCUGUUUUCAACGUCAACACCUUAUUGUUAAUUGUGUUUUGUCUUCCUAUGAUUGUAAUGUUAGAAUAAGGACAAAACACAGCGUAUAAAACAUCUAUAUUUGAAUCAAUACAUGAGUAAAGAAACCAAAACAUGACGGAGAAGCGAUGCACGGCAUGGUCCGUCGAGGUUUAAUGUGACUCCUAAAGAAACAUAGAUUUAUCUAUUUUCUAAGGUAAAUGGAGCUUUGUAAUGGGUUUAUGAAGACUUUAAAGAUCAGCCUAAUGCUUAAGAUUGCAUUUACAAUAGAUUGUCGCUAAAUGCAUCGCUUCUUUAACAGUUCCGAGUUUCAGAUAAUACAAAUAGCAACGCAACUCGUGUAUUGAAAUUUAACUUGUCAAUUUUCUUUAUUCUCACCGUAUGUCUAAGAUACCUAUGUACUAUUUCUAAUUCAUAUAAAAUGUUAGAUAACUGCCAAAUAGGAAUCGGUGUUGUAAAAUAUCCUAGUCCGUAAGCUACAGUUUACCUACUUACCAUUAUUUCAAUUGCAUUUUCAUCAAAAUAAAAACGAAACAUUAAUAACUUAAGGAAAGUUUAGCGAAUUAUAUCACUUUUUCGAUUAUUACAUUAGAUUGAUUAGUAAAGUACAUAGUAGUUAACCAUAGUUUUAACAUUUUAACAUUUUAUAUUCGACGUUGAAUCUGUUUCUCCAUAUUAAAGCGACCGCACCCGCAGAGGCUGCUAGUCGAGUUUCACCUUACCCCGAUGUCGUAAAGUUACAAGAACAUGUUUCUGUAACAAUACUGUUAACUGUAAAGGAACAAUGCAAGUACCUACUUAGCUGUUACAUUCGUUUCGACAUGGUUGUAGUUGCCAUAAUAAAAUAAGUAAGUAGUUAUUAGCUAAUAGUGUGUAAGUCGAGUGUCGAAUUACCGUCUAUGGUCUAUGAAGAUAACCCAGUGUGCACAGCCAGUACGCCUUGCCGACUGCGCAGGCGACUGACGGCUGGCAAGUCAGAACUCGCGCAUCGCGUCACGCGUGGACUUGAGUACCUUGAUCCCAUAUUGAAGCAUAGCGAGAAUUUAAAUUAUUCACUUAAUUAAAUUAAGUAUAAAACAUUCUAAAUUAUGCUAAUCGAUAAAUCAAAUAACAUGGCUGUUUUAAGUUCAUCAACAUGUUCUUUAUCACUUAGUGAUAUAAAAUACAUGGAAGUAUUGAAAUAGUGAUCACAUAUCUUCCUUUCCACAUAGAAAAAAUAUUAUGUAUAAAUCUAUUUAUGCCUAUUAAUAGGUAUUGAUUUAUUAUUUAUCAUAAAUAAAUUUAUUGAAUUAUAUACAUACAUUAUCCAAUUAUAUUAUUAUGAUGUAUCUAUUACGACUAAGUCAAAAUUACGCAAUAUAUGAAAAUUCUGAGAAUAUUUAUUAUACAAGUAUGUUUAUUUCAUUCCGGACUGUGAGUGUUGAUAAAAAUAUAAAAUGUGCUAGAGUGCAGUUGAGCACGUAUUCACUAUCGAGUCGAAAUACUUAAGGAAGCGCUACCUUAGAGGUAAACCAUUGUAUACAUAUGGGUAAUUCCUCUAAACACUUACUGAACAAAAAUCGCCGCUGAAAUGUGUUUCCAAGUGAUAAAAACAUGAGGACUAAGAAUGACAAUGUGGAGUUGCCGCUACUAAACUACGUCAAAUAUGCAAUACUAACAAGUUAAUGAAUAUUUGAAAGACGACCAACAAUGUCGCGUAUGUGCCAAACCUCAUUUUCAUGCUAUAUAGAUUCUUCAUCGUACUGAAAUAAGAAUCGUUAGUCAUCUUCAAAUAACUAUCAGUAACUUUGUCAUCUUAAUAGUAGCUUUCGAGUUACAUUGUGUGUUAGAGAAGUCACGUUAACUAACAUAGUCGUAAUUGAAUAAAAUUGCACAUAGUUACCUACUUACUUCAGAUAGAUUAAAAUCGUGUUUUCGUAUUUCAGUCGUUGCAUUUUAGCUUUACGAAUGUCAUACAAUUUGUAAACGUACAGUCGCCAUAAUUGCAAGCACUUGUCGCGUCGCAGCAGUCAACUAUAGGACAGAGGCACAUUAAAACUAUCCCGCUUACCAAGUCAAUGAACAGGUUAAGCAUUCUAAUAAUACCAAAAAAGAAAUAUUAAUUAUGUAAUAUUAUAAACUUGUAACAAACUCCAUAAAAUAAUAAUGAAAGACAAUUGAUCAGAAAUGAAAUAAGCGACGAAAUUAACGUCGCAUGAUCGAGUGCGGUUCUGCACGACAAUCUUGAGACGUGCUACUCAAGUCACAGAUGUAUUCGAUGUAGACGCUAGCGACCGCCGGCACUCGGCGACUGUACAUCGAGUGUCAAGUAAUUAUUGAUGUAAAAUUAUUAAUCUACUUAUAGAUUUUAGGCUGUGAAUCAGCGUUAACACAAUUCUUUACAAUUUAAUAUUCAGGCUAGAGUUGCUGUGAUACACGAUUAUGGCUAUAAAAUUAUAAUGUAGUCAUUUCUGGCUAUGGGUAUUGAGGGAGACACGUCAGAAGUUGAGACGUUUGUGAUGCCAUGCUCUAUCUGUGAUUUCACCGAUGUGUAGAUGCACCCGUACCCGUGUUGACGAACAUUUCACCACCCAACAGCCGAUGUGACUCUUGGGUAGGAAUAAUUCAUAAUUCUUUCGCCUCGUUCGUAAUCUACUUUACUAUUAAUAACGUUAUAAAAUUAUAAUAAACAAGGCUGUCUGUACUUUGAAAAAUAUUUUGGAAAUGUAUUUUAUAGAAUCUUAACUAAUAUCUGUAACAGCCAGAACCGUGUCUAGCGUUUUCCUCCGACACUAGUAGGAAGUCAUUGUCUUCGGAAUAAAUUUCAAAAUAAGAAUUAGCCUCCAGAAACGAAUGUCAUAAUACAAGGCGCUGAGCAAUAACGAAACUCUUAGAUAGAUGUUGCCGAGGUAUGCUAGUUCUUAUAAUGUUUGAUCUGGAACGAGUUUUUCAUAGAAAAAAAAUAUUUCCGAGAAUAAAAGUUGUUUAAGAAAUUAUUAAAAUAUUCAAAUAAUAACUCUAGUGAACUAGCCAGUGAGUAAAUAUAAGGAAAA